CGCUGCCAUGGGAAACCAACAGGUUUACCUAAUUCCAGCUUCCGCAGCCGGUGUUUAUCAGCAGCCUCCAAAGAUACGACAGGUGAUCAUACCAGCCGGUCAACCUUACUACGGCGUACCACAUGUUGUUCAAGAUGUUUACCGAGAGCAACCGGUUUACAAUGCGGUGCCAGCCUCAGUUACGCAAUCGAAGGGCGGGGUUCCUGAUUCAGGGUAUGUACAGGUGGCUUAUGAUGGGGCUGGAAGACAGGUGUAUUACACGGCGCCGCCAUAUCAGGUGGUGCCGUUGAUGACACUAGUGGGUGGUGUUCCGGCGUUAAAUCAAGAUGGUAAGGUUGCGUUGAAAUCUAAGGUUCUUCCCCCAACUUCUUCUUUGUGAAAUGAAUAGCAAAUUGAUAGUAUUGUUUUGU